GCACACACAUGAGAAUAGCAAUCGCCAAGCUUCAAUUACUCCCACCGCUCUGCUUUUCUCUCAACACUACGCACAGUCAACUUCCCACACACAAAAGCUCCUACCUAGAGAACCACCAGAGCAUUCCACAAUGGCCAAGUCCUCCAGAGUAAUGGCGCUUCUGAUCUUCGCAUUGGUGGCUGGAUCCGCCUUUGCUCAGGCUCCGGCAGCCACGCCCAAGGCUGCUCCGGCAGCCGCCCCUGAACAGACUGGCCGCCGCGGGAUCUGCCGCCGUAGUGGUGUUCUCUGCUGCUUUGUUGCUCUAGAUCUUCAGUAGCAUCGGUGUUAAUUUAAUGUGUUACUGUUUGUUUUAUUAUUAUUUUUUUCAUUAUUAUUUUUGAGUUCGAUUUCUUGUGAUGUAUUGAUUUGAUUUAUCUACGGAUUCUUUGAUCUA